GACUGGGCUGUUCCGACGAUCGCGCGCCGCCCCCGCCGCGCCCCGCGCCCGCCCUUGCUAGCAGGCACCUUCCGCCCCCUGCAUUGCUGAUGCUGCUUCUGGCAGACAUGGACGUGGUGAAUCAGCUGGUGGCUGGGGGUCAAUUCCGGGUGGUCAAGGAGCCCCUUGGCUUCGUGAAGGUGCUGCAGUGGGUCUUUGCCAUCUUCGCCUUUGCUACAUGUGGCAGCUACAACGGAGAGCUUUGGCUGAGCGUGGAGUGUGCCAACAAGACGGAGAGUGCCCUCAACAUCGAAGUUGAAUUUGAGUACCCCUUCAGGCUGCACCAGGUGUACUUUGAUGCACCCACCUGCAAAGGAGGCACCACCAAGGUCUUCCUAGUUGGAGACUACUCCUCGUCAGCUGAAUUCUUUGUCACCGUGGCUGUGUUUGCCUUCCUCUAUUCCAUGGGGGCCCUGGCUACCUACAUCUUCCUGCAGAACAAGUACCGAGAAAACAACAAAGGACCCAUGAUGGACUUUCUGGCCACGGCCGUGUUUGCCUUCAUGUGGCUAGUUAGCUCAUCUGCUUGGGCCAAAGGCCUGUCCGAUGUGAAGAUGGCCACGGACCCAGAGGACAUUAUCAAGGGGAUGGCUGUGUGCCGCCAGGCAGGGAACACGUGCAAGGACCAGAGGGACCCUGUGACUUCAGGACUCAACACCUCAGUGGUGUUUGGCUUCCUGAACCUGGUCCUCUGGGUUGGCAACCUAUGGUUCGUGUUCAAAGAGACAGGCUGGGCCGCCCCAUUCAUGCGCGCACCUCCAGGCGCUCCGGAAAAGCAGCCAGCCCCUGGGGAUGCCUAUGGCGAUGCCGGCUACGGACAGGGCCCCGGAGGAUAUGGGCCCCACGACUCCUACGGGCCUCAGGGUGGUUACCAACCCGACUACGGGCAGCCAGCGGGUGGCGGUGGCGGUGGCUACGGGCCUCAGGGCGACUAUGGGCAACAAGGCUAUGGCCCACAGGGAGCGCCCACCUCCUUCUCCAAUCAGAUGUAAUCUGGUCAGUGAAGCCCACGAAGACCCCAUGGGUGGGCAAGAGCUCAAGAGAAGACCUGCCCCCCUUCCUAUUCCCAUACCCUAGGUCUCCACCCCUCAACCCAGGAGACCCUAAC